AUAGUCCUGAAGGUCCGUGUGAAGUCAAGGCUAUUUUUGGUGGGACCCGCCUCGCCUGCUAUUUCUGUCAGCAGGAGCUCGGAGGGGAGGGAGCAGCUCCGGAGGGGCCGGACUUUCUUUUCUGCAACUUGCCUCCGACAAGUCUCUUUUCUGUUCCUCCUCUUCUCUACUGGCUCUACUGACAACACCAGCGGCUCCCUCCAUCACCUCCCGUCGGGCUUUCUCUCUCUCGGAUGCCUCCGGACUUGUUUUACGCACCAGACUGGAGCCGAUAUUAGCUGGAUUACCUCCAAGUGUGUGAGCUCAGGCCGCUUCAAGAGGUCGUUUAGUGGAAACGGCUCCCAGAAGAUGGAGUCAGCACCUCUGGGAACAUCUUAAAGACAGACAGACGAGACAGCCUACACCAUACAGCGACAGAUUCCUCGGUGGCAGUGCCGGUGUCGUGCGCGGCCUUGUUUCCCAUGGACCUCAGGGUGGGAGAGCGGGGGAUGCGCCCUGGUUCGGACACGGCGCUCCUCACCCCGCUGCACCCGCCUUUACUCCUCACUCCGUUCUCACCACAACCCCGCACCUCCUUCUCUCAGCAGCAACUGCACCAGCAUAUCCGGUUUAAUAUGGAACAGAGGAGGCGUGAGCAGGAGCACCAUGAGAAACAACAGGAGCUGCAGCAGCUAAAACACAAAGACAAAAGUCAGCAGAGUGCAGUGGCAAGUUCCCUUGUGAAGCAGAAGCUUCAGGAAGUGAUUCUUAAGAAGCAGAAACAGGCGGCGCUGGAAAGAACAAACUCCAACUCUCUGACUGCACCUCCUGUACCAUACAGAAAGCUGGGCCCAGACCCCAGUGUAUCCUCCCAGCCUCUGGUCUCAUCUCUGUCACAGCCUCCUUCUGACGUUUCAGAAGGGACACCGCUGCGUAGAGCAGCAUCUGAGCCCAAUCUGAAGGUGAAGCACAAGUUGAAGAAACACCUAAACACCCGCAAGAGUCCACUCACCCGCAAAGAGAGCGCCCCGCCCACCGUCAAACACAGAGUACCGGACACACUGGACUCGUCUCCCAGCAGCAGCAGCACUCCGGUCUCCGGCUGCAGCUCUCCCAAUGACAGUCUGCCCAAUGAGAAUGGACUACUGCCAUCUGCAGGCGGUCUAUCACACGAGGCCCAGAAGCUGCUGCUCAGAGACGGCACCCUCGCCAACUUCACCAUCCAGAGUUCCUCCACUCUGCCCACCAUCACACUGGGACUACCAGCUAACUCAAGGGUUGAAGGACAGCUGUCCUCUAUGAAGGUUGGCCGGGUGCCUGUGGUUGCUACCGGGGCCUCACCGGUCUUCCUCCCCCUCAGCAGAGACGACCAGGCUGGACAGAUGAACCCUCACUUGCCUGUCAUCAUCCUGGAGCCCUCUGGUCUGGUUCAUACUCCACUACUCACUGUUCCUGGCCUAGACUCCGUUCCGCUACAGUUUGCCCCCCAGUUAGACCACCUGUCUCCUGGAGGCACUCAGCCUCACAAGCCCCUGAGCAGAACACGCUCAGAGCCCCUUCCUCAGAGCCCCCGCGCCCUUCACACACACCUCCUCCAACAGCAGCACAACACACAACUACUGGAGAGGCUCAAACAACAGACCCACCUGGGAAAGCUGAUGACUAAAUCCAGCGAGAAGCCCAGACUGCAUCAGAUCCCCUCUGAGGACAUGGACUCAGAGGACGGUGGUAGGACAUCACCCACAGAGCCAACCUAUCCCAGCAGGGUGAGGGCGGAGUCACUGAGGGAGGCGGAGCCAGCAGCGUCCAAGAACCACGAAGAGCAAAUGAAUCUGCAACAUGCGCUCAUACUCAACCAGUCAUUGCUAUGGGAGCAGCAGAAGCAGCUUCAACAGCUCCAUCGACAAAUGGAGACCCUGGCAGUCCCCAUUCUACGCGGUAGUGGCAGCGGUGGGAUCGGCGGGGGUUUGGGUGUCCAUCGGCCCCUGUCACGUACACAGUCUUCCCCAGCCUCCACCUCUCUCACGCUGCCUGAGAAACCUCUGAGCCUGGCUGCACAGGACGCCAGCAGCAAACCUCGCUUCACCACUGGCCUGGUGUAUGACUCUCAAAUGCUGAAACACCAGUGUACGUGUGGAGAUAACAGCAGUCACCCAGAGCAUGCUGGGAGGAUACAGAGCAUCUGGUCCCGACUACAGGAGAGAGGCCUGAGGGGACAGUGUGAGAGUAUUCGAGGUCGUAAAGCAACUCUGGAGGAGCUGCAGUCGGUCCAUACAGAGCGCCAUGUGCUGCUCUAUGGCACCAACCCGCUCAACAGACUCAAACUGGACAACCGCAAACUGGCUGGAAUCCUCUCUCAAAGGAUGUUUGUGAUGCUACCAUGUGGGGGCGUAGGGGUUGAUAAUGACACCAUCUGGAAUGAGUCGCACACUUCCACGGCGUCCCGCAUGGCAGCAGGCAGCGUUGUUGAGCUAUCAUUCAGAGUGGCUAAAGGAGAGCUAAAGAAUGGCUUUGCUGUGGUCAGACCACCGGGACAUCAUGCAGAUCCCUCCAAUCCAAUGGGUUUCUGUUACUUCAAUUCUGUGGCUAUAGCUGCCAAGCAGCUCCAACACAAACUCAGCGUCAGCAAGAUCCUCAUUGUUGACUGGGAUGUUCACCAUGGUAAUGGCACCCAGGAGGUAUUUUACAGUGACCCCAGCGUUCUCUACAUCUCACUUCAUCGCUAUGACGACGGAAACUUCUUCCCUGGCAGUGGGUCGCCAGCUGAGGUUGGUUCUGGAGCCGGUGAGGGCUUCAAUGUGAAUGUGGCAUUCACUGGAGGGCUGGAGCCACCCAUGGGAGACGCUGAGUACCUCGCUGCAUUCAGGUCUGUGGUGAUGCCUAUUGCCCAGGAGUUCUCCCCGGAUGUCGUUCUGGUAUCGGCUGGUUUCGAUGCCGCUGAGGGAAACCCUGCUCCUCUAGGAGGGUACAAGGUCUCCGCCAAAUGUUUCGGCUUCCUGACCCGCCAGCUGAUGUCGCUAGCAGGAGGUCGUGUGGUUUUGGCCCUUGAGGGAGGUCAUGACCUCACAGCUAUCUGUGAUGCAUCAGAAGCUUGUGUCAGCACACUCUUGGGCAUACAGGACCCACUGCCAGAAGAUGUCCUCCUCCAGAAGCCCAAUGCUAACGCUGUCCGCUCCCUGCAGACUGUCAUCCAGAUACAAGGUCAAUACUGGCAGAAUGUGAAAGCCUCCAGUGGGUCAGUGGGUUUGUCGUACCUGGCUGCUCAGAGUAGAGACUGUGAGGAAACAGAUGCUGUCAAUGCUUUGGCCUCACUCUCUGUGGGAGUCCUUUCCAACAAGAGCCUCCCCGAUGAGCCAAUGGAGCAUGACAGCGACUCCAUAUAGGACGAUCUAACCAAUCACCUCGCAGAGCUCCCUUUCAGGAGUUGGGCCCCACCCGUAGCCUCGGAUCUCCUGCGCUGUCACAUGAACAUGAAGGGGACGUGUUUGUAAUGCCACUGAGCCCCACCCAUUCGCCUUCUUCACACACGUGUGCACCCACACAGCAACCACCAACACACAAUGCUGAACCUCUACAGACCUGCCGUUAUGAGCACCUCAAUGCUGGUAACCACUGGGCUGAAGCCAGCAGCACUACCUGCAGCUGAGAAACCUUCUGAAACCUCACCAAAGAGCAAUACAAGUUGAUUUUGAUAGACUUUUCAUGUCUCCUGACUGACAUCGGACUGUGUGUGUGGGUGUGUGUGUAUUAACAGGUCCAGUGCCGAAGCGCUGCGACCACGAACCUUUUAACGGACAGAAUUCAGAUGUGAAGUUCACCUCUGACUCUUCUUGAAGCACUAUGUACCAGCAGCUGUUUUGUUGCCUUAACUUUGCCUUAAUGUAAAGACCGACAUCAGGUUUCACAAAUAGGAGAUGUUGGACUUUAUAUUCUUUUCUCUUCUGCCAUGUUGCUUCCCAUAUCAGAGAUGAAGCAAACGCUGACCAAACAGGAUGCAAAAAGAUGAAAGCAAUUCCACAUGCGCUUCAUGGAUACGAUGCAAAAAUGUCACCAAGAAGAAGUGGCCACGUCAUGAAGAAAGAAUACAAAAGGAGACACAGAGAUUGUCUGCUUUAAUGAUGUCAUUACAUGCAGUUUAACCACUAAAAGAAGACAACAAAGAACUCGAGGGAAAGAGAGAAAAUGAAGACACAACACGGACCACUGUGGUUUUGUAUAAACAUAGCAAGGGCGGUUGUCCUUUGUUGUUUUUAUUGCACUGUUCAUUCCAUAAUGUGAACCAUAAGAAAUUCCAAAGCUCUGGGAAAAGAAAACAGUUCCUCUCUGUAGAUUAUUUAAUAGUUUUUUUUUGAAGAUUUGGAUGAAAUGUUUGCUAUAUUUUCCCACUCUUCGUCUGAGAUGUCUUACAAAGUCUCUAAGGACACAUAUGGGCCGAAAUACUGUAGAGUUGUAUUUCCUAUGAAGUUAAUCCGAAAAGUAGGCAAGAUUUUCGAAGCAGGAUCAUUUUUCUCUGCUGUUCAGUGUCUUAGAUUCACAAACCUACAUACACGUACAACGCAGUGAUGAACUAUUGAUGUACCACUAGUAUUGAAUACUGUAUAUUAUUGUUUAUACUGGAGACUAAAGGAGUGUUCAUUCCACCGUGGCACCACUGAGGACCAUUGUAUUGUUCUAUAGUAGCAAUACUGUUAAUGCACUUAAUGGACAUCACCCAAAGAAAGCUGCCUUAAAACAGCCUGCAUUUGGCAAAUGGACUGUAUGGAAGCAACACAAGGGACAGGCAUGGACACUCUGCUUUUGAAAGACAAUGUUUGAACCUGUGGAUUUAGGUGAACAUCACAUAUGCAGCCUUUUGUAAACUCUUUGUAUAUGAGUACAGGUCUGAAUGCUUUGUUCCCUGACUAACAGUCUAAUUACAGACAUUAAUGCGUCGUGUUGGGUUCAUCAUUGGAGAAGAGCUUGACUGUUUUUUCCAGAUGAGACUCUUCUCUGUAACUGCUCUUAGUAGCAACUCUUCUUGUUGUACAAUCAUAUCAUCGAGACAACUCCGUACUUACAUGUCAGUCUGUCAUCUAAGCUGGUAUUUGUAAUAGAGGUCAUGUUGAUCAUCGAUUUGCAGAAUUUUUUAUGCUUUUUUUUGACCGCCCUGCUUACAGGGGCAUGUAAGGGCUCUGCAUUCCAAAAGUGAAAAAUAACAACAUUGUGUUUCUUAGUUUGGAGCUUAUUGUGUAGCAAAAUCAAGCUUGUUAAAGUCUUUUUUCAUGUAUACUAGGUUUGACCAGUUUAGGCUUUUGAUUACUAAUGUUUUUAGAUUAGAGCUGCAGAUAGCUGAGUCUAAUUUGUGGUCCAUAAAAGACAGUCCUCUAUUAUUUUAGGCUCUUCAAGCUUCUAAAACUAGACACUAAACUCUCUUUAAACUGAAACUAAUGCAAUCCUAAUUUUGACUCGUGUUGCUCCUUACAUGGCUUUCUCUGAAAAAGGUUUCUGUUUUGUUUUCCUUUGAAUUUUGUAAUCCGUGACUGGAUUGUUUGAGCAGCACAAUCUAAUUUUCAGUUCUUCUUGUCAUAGGUUUGUCAAAGAGAGACACAUUUUAGUGUUUGUAAGUAAAUUUAACUAACUGAAGGAAGUAUUAUCAGUGCAGCGUUCAGGGAGAAAACUGUACGAGUGUUUGUUUUAAUCAGACCCUGGGCAUUGUCUGCCCAACAGAAGGCCUCAGAGCUUUUACUUUAAACAAAAGGUAGAUACCAAAAUGUAAGAUUUUGCCAUUGCAGAGGUCCCGCUGUUGCUGCAGCACUGUUCCAUCACAGUAGGAAGAGUUGCGACAUAGUGAAUGGAGGACUUGUGUUCUGCAGUGAGUGGUAUGUCAUUCUUGUCGUGUUGUUCAUAGUGUUCUUAACAGCAAGUGACAGCAUUUAAACAAUGUGCUGUGUGUGUCUUAUACAGCAUGCCCAGCAGGUGCAUGUGGUGUCUAUGAAGUUGAUGUUGUCUGAUGUGUCAAUGAAUGGAGGCGUGUGAGUGUGAGAGCGUUGGUGAUUGCAUGUGCGCCAGUACAUAUGUACACAUCUGUCGUGUGUUCUGUGCAUGCAUUUGCAAGUGUUAAAGUGUUUGUCUGUCCUUCAAAUACUGUAAAUGACCUCUCCUGUAUUAUAUUCCCGUUGGCUGUUUUUAUGUCUUAUGUAGAGGCCAGUAUUGCCUCAACUCUUAAUUCCCUUUAUUACUGAUGUAAUUUCUACCUUCUUCUUAAAGAAAGACACUGUAAAUAGAAACUCCAAGACCAAAAUACACGUCACACAUGUGCCUUGAUGCAUUCAGUAGUAUGUGUAUUGGUAACUCAUAACUAACUGGACUUACAGUAACUCUGUAUCUCUAAACAUGACAUUGAAAUCUUUGUUUCAUGCUAUUCUUUAUUAUUUACUUAUUUUUCUUUCACUUUUCCUACCAUGUGUAUGUAUAGAAAGAUUGUCUAUUUUGUACUUUUUGCCUUUUCCUCUUGAUUAAAAAAUAAUUUCCAGUAUAAA